CUCCGAGAAACGUGUCUAAACUCCGAGCACGUCCUGGUCCUGCGAAAUCAGUCCUGUCCAGUCCUGUUCUGCCGAACGAGAACGAGACGUGUGGCUUUCUCCGUCAAUUGCAAGCUGUUGGGUGCGCGUGUGUUUGUGCGAGCUGGUGAAACUCGAGUGCGAGAGGCUCGAAAAGGCUCUCGUGCCGUCACACAUCGGGUGUCUGUCACGUUCGAGGAACGCGGUAUGUCCGGAAGUGCGGGGCGGAUAAAUCGAGCAAAAUAGAGGGAACGACGACGGAGCGACGACACAACGCAUCGAACACCCUGACGCCGACCGCCACCGACUGGGCGAAUUGGGCGUGUGAGUAUACGAGGCAGCCUGUGCGCGCGCGCGCACGCGCGCACACACUGACAGCUAGACACGCACGGGUGGGCUUUUGACGGAUCCGUGACUAUUCGCCCUGCAAUGGCGCCUGGCGACUCGCCUACUUUCUAAGCUCGCCGCUCGGAUAGAGAGGGGCCGUCGAUCUGUCUCGCGUUCCGGAUUGUCGGAUUAGUACGUGACCGUCGAUAACGCGUGCUGGGAGGAUCGGAAUUCGGGAGAGUCCACGCCUGGAGGUUUCUCUCUUCCGAAUAUAUAUAUAUAUUUAUAUAUAAUCGCGCACGCAUGCUGUUGUGUUGCUCCGCGGCGAUGUAUUGUCAGCCUGACGACAGGACGUCGUCCCAGGAGCCGAGGAUAUCCGGAGAAUGCGUGGCACCGUCUCGGGGCCCUCCCUCGCGGAUGUGAUCCUUUCCGCGCUGACGUUUCCGCGCCUCGUCUCCUACGACCCACUGUCAUCCGGACGACACAGCUGACACAGAUCCCGGAGUUAUGGUUCGAUCUCACGGAUCUGGUAGAUACCUCGUGGGGUAUGUAUGACAUGUUCGGAUCGACUCGGUGACUCCUGGACAAGUGCGAUCGUUUUGUCAUUGCAAUUCGACGAACUGUCAUAUUGUACAUUUUCUUACGGUACGAGGUUUCGUAUCCAGCGAUCUCGCUCGCGUCGUUAAAUGCGACGAGGAAAAGGAGGACGACGACGACGACGACGUGGUGGACGUGUCCUGACUGGCCGGUGAAUCGUCACUUCGAGAGGACUCUGUACUAGGUCGAGCGGGAUAGAUAGAGGCAAAGAUGGGGAUCUGUUGCACCAAACCGCCCAUCGGCGAGAGGCAGAAGGAGAAGGACAGGAACAGCAAUCAGACCAUCGAGCCGGUGGCCCAGAUUAAUCCGGUGCCGACGCCACCUCCCGAUCCCAUAAGGCCGAUCCCGCAGAUCCCGGACACGGAUAUUGCGACCGCGAAGAUCUUCGUCGCUCUCUACGAUUACGACGCCCGCACGGAUGAGGAUCUGAGCUUCAGGAAGGGAGAGCACCUGGAGAUCAUCAACGACACCCAGGGUGACUGGUGGCUGGCCAAGAGCAAAAGGACCAGACAGGAGGGUUAUAUUCCUAGCAAUUAUGUCGCCAAACUCAAGUCGAUCGAGGCGGAACCAUGGUAUUUCAGGAAGAUUAAGCGAAUUGAGGCCGAGAAAAAAUUGCUGCUACCGGAAAACGAUCACGGCGCGUUUCUGAUAAGAGACUCCGAGAGCCGACACAACGAUUACUCCCUUUCAGUGAGGGACGGUGACACGGUCAAGCAUUAUCGUAUUCGUCAAUUGGACGAGGGUGGUUUCUUCAUCGCCAGGCGAACCACGUUCAGGAACCUGCAGGAUCUUGUGGAGCACUAUAGCAAGGAUGCGGACGGCCUGUGCGUUAAUCUGUGCAAGCCUUGUGUGCAAGUGGAGAAACCCGUAACGGAAGGCCUGAGUCACCGUACGCGGGACCAAUGGGAGAUCGAUCGUUCAUCGUUGAAGUUCCUGAGAAAAUUGGGCCAGGGACAAUUCGGCGAGGUCUGGGAAGGUUUGUGGAACAACACCACGCCGGUGGCGAUAAAGACCCUCAAGCCUGGCACCAUGGACCCGAAGGACUUCCUCGCCGAGGCGCAGAUCAUGAAGAAGCUGCGCCACGCCAAAUUGAUUCAGUUGUACGCCGUCUGCACCAUGGAGGAGCCGAUCUACAUCAUCACCGAACUAAUGAGGAACGGCAGUUUACUGGAAUACUUACAAGGAAAGGGCAGAGGUCUAAAAUUACAGCAACUGAUCGACAUGGCCGCGCAAAUAGCCGCUGGUAUGGCAUAUUUAGAAUCGCAGAAUUACAUUCAUCGAGACUUGGCCGCCCGCAACGUUCUCGUAGCAGACGGAAAUGUCGUUAAAAUCGCGGACUUUGGCUUGGCUAGGCUCAUCAAAGAGGACGAGUACGAGGCUAGAAUAGGAGCACGCUUCCCUAUCAAGUGGACCGCGCCCGAAGCUGCCAACUACAGCAAAUUCAGUAUUAAAUCCGACGUAUGGUCGUUUGGUAUUCUCCUUACUGAAUUGGUCACGUACGGUAGAAUACCUUAUCCAGGUAUGACAAACGCUGAAGUUCUUCAUCAAGUGGAGCACGGCUAUAGAAUGCCGAAUCCACCUGGUUGCCCCGAGACGCUUUACAAUAUCAUGUUGGAAUGCUGGAACAAAGAUCCUAUGAAGAGACCGACGUUCGAGACACUUCAGUGGAAACUCGAAGACUUCUUCACUAUGGAGGGUUCCGAAUACAAGGAAGCGUCCGCGUAUUAAAUAAAGUGCGAAUUUGUUCUCAUGAAAACGAUCUUCCUUCAUACUUCUCCAUUAAAAGACGCGAUCGAUAUCGUUAUAUCGAUCUAUCACGAUCUUUUUCAUUGAUCUAUUUGCGAUACAAGUUUUCGCGGUACUUUUGGAAAAGAAUAGUGACUUUUAUAAGAAAGAUCAUGAUCAUUUUGCGGACGAUAGAUGAUGAUAUAAUUUUAUUUAACGAUAGUUUUCUCUUCUUCUCUUCCUUUUAUCUUUCUCGGUUUUCCUCUUUUUUUACAUUCUCGUCCUCGCACAUUGUGUCUGCCAUAAAGCUCGAAGAUUGAUAUUUGUACAUUUUUACUUAUAUGACUUGACAAGCGUAUAUUGGCAUUUUGUAUAUGCUCUAUCAGGAGCGCGACGACGAGGUUUUAGAUAUCGUUUUAGACCGCAGUAAGAAUGUUACACACAAUACAUAGACGUUAAAUGGCCUUUGUAAAAUCGUUUAUAAGUGUCAGUUAAUGUGAGAUAGAGACCUCGAUCAUUCGGAUAGAAAUGACUGUUCCGGAUGAUGAUGCCGCGCGAUCGGCAAUAGUAGCGAUGUAAUAUAUUCGUGUGUACGAUAUUACUUGUACUUCCCGUAUUACACAAUUCCCGUACGAAGCGACGAUCACGAGUCAAUCCUUCGAUAAAACUGUACUAUCGAUAAUGUUAAAAAGGACGAAAUGACGGACCAUGGAUGCACAAUUUUAUCAUUCCUUCUAGCGUUCGAGCGUGACGACUCGGAUUUCAUUUACGAUGAGAUUCUCGCGAUGCGGAUAUACUAAAGUUUCCGCCGAAACGCAGUUUGCGCGUGUGUGCGUGAAGAGUGAAAAUUUAUUAACCGGUCCGUCCAAGAAAUGCGGAAGACUGUUGUGUCCUUGCGGCGACCACGUCGAACGACGUUCUAUACAUACCCUUUCGUCUGUUUGUCGCGAAACGAUUAGUACUGACUCACCCAACUGCCAGCUAACGUUUUCUAAAGUACACUUGUUACUAACGUAUGUAAUAAGAUCACCUUCCGGAAGUGUACGUGAAGAGAGUACGCAUCUACGAAAUGCACACUCGAAUAUCCGUGUAUCGGGAAUGUUUGCAUCUGCUACGAAAACGUGAAUGCGAAUCAGUAUAUCGUCGAAUAUUUUUUUAUUCCGAAAAGAAAAUGUCUUUACAUCACAAAUUGCGCCUUUGCUAUCUCAAGCGGAGAUAUUCCCCGGCACAUGAAUUAUCCAUUUGAAGAUGUAGUACAAUCGCAUUUAUCUUAUCGUGUUUUAUAUUAGAUUAACUAGAAUUAUACUAAAUGCUUGAAUGACAGUUAUCGGUUUAUAUCAGAAAUCAAGGUGAUAACUUUGUUGAUAGCGUAAACGCUAUCUCGAUUCAAAACAAACUCGAAAAUGUGAAAGAUAAUUUAUCACAAAGGUAAAAGUUGAGGUUUUAUGUCAUUCGUUUGCCUUCCCUUUAAAGUAUAUUAAAUUUUUUACUCUAUUUAUUCAUUAUUUUUUUUAUUAUUUUAAUAAAAAAUUAGAUGCACACAACGUGCGAAUAUAAUUAUACUAAUAGGAGAUGUGUCACCAAUCGGCUUGAGAUCGCAAAGAGUUAAUCAUCACAUUCGGCUUUAUACAUUCAUGUAUGUUAUCUCGAAUUCAUCAUUUUUAUAUAUUUUUAUAUAUACCGCGUUUAAGUGUUUUUAUUAUACUCAUUUAUUGCGCGACUUUUUCACGUUAGCGAGUGUGCGUGACUCGAAUAUUUGAAAAUAAUAAUAAUAAUAAUUAUUAUUAUUGUAUUUAAUUAUUA